AUGGCGGAUGCGGCGAAGGAUUUGGCUUCAGGGACUGUUGGAGGAGCAGCUCAGCUAAUUGUAGGUCAUCCAUUUGACACAAUCAAGGUCAAACUUCAGAGCCAACCGACUCCGACGCCGGGCCAACCUCCAAGGUACACUGGUGCAAUUGAUGCGGUUAAACAGACCGUCGCUGCCGAAGGACCUAAAGGUUUGUACAAAGGUAUGGGAGCUCCGCUUGCAACCGUUGCUGCCUUCAAUGCGGUUUUGUUCACCGUGAGAGGUCAAAUGGAAGGCCUGCUUAGGUCUGAACCUGGAGCUCCUUUGACCAUUAGUCAACAGUUUGUGUGCGGCGCAGGCGCUGGUUUCGCUGUUUCGUUCCUUGCUUGUCCUACUGAGUUGAUCAAAUGCAGGUUGCAAGCACAAGGUGGACUAGCCAGCGCCUCUACCACAAGCUCAGUGGUUGCAGCCGUGAAAUACGGUGGACCAAUGGACGUAGCCCGACAUGUCCUACGAUCAGAAGGUGGAGCACGAGGUCUAUUCAAAGGUUUACUACCGACAUUUGCCCGUGAAGUCCCGGGAAACGCAACAAUGUUUGCAGUCUAUGAAGCUUUUAAGCAGUUUGUAGCUGGUGGUCAAGACACUUCAAGCUUAGGACAAGGAUCACUGAUCAUGGCUGGUGGACUUGCAGGAGCUUCCUUUUGGGGAAUUGUGUACCCAACCGAUGUUGUGAAGAGUGUUCUUCAAGUCGACGAUUAUAAAAACCCGAAAUACUCUGGUUCGAUGGAUGCUUUUAGGAAGAUUCUGAAAGCUGAAGGAGUUAAAGGUUUGUAUAAAGGAUUUGGUCCAGCCAUGGCUAGGAGUGUUCCUGCUAAUGCUGCUUGCUUCUUAGCUUAUGAGAUGACAAGGUCAAGCUUGGGUUAA